AUGUCCGUGCCCCAGAUCCAAGUAGAAGAAGUAGGUGGGGAAGAAGCGCUGGCGGGGGCAGCUGCACCGGCUGAUGACCACCUCCGGAGCCUGAAGGCCCUCACCGAGAAACUGAGGCUGGAGACCCGCAGGCCGUCCUACCAGGAAUGGCAGGCCAGACUGGAAGAGCACACGUGGCCCUUCCCGAGGCUAGCUGCGGAGCCGGAGGCCAGCGCGGAGCAGGGGGAGCGUGCAGGGGAGGAGCCCCUGCCCCCCCAGAGAGCGCCCCAGCAGCACCCCACCCCAACCGGCGGUGAUGGCCAGGCUGAAGAAAGGCCCCUGGCCCCGGGCAAGCUGGAGGGCUUUCAGAGCAUCGAUGAAGCCCUAGCCUGGCUCAGGAAGGAGCUGACGGAGAUGCGGCUGCAGGACCAGCAGCUGGCUAGGCAGCUCAUGCGCCUGCGCGGGGACAUCAACAAGCUGAAGAUCGAGCAGACCUGCCGGCUGCACAGGAGGAUGCUGAACGAUGCCACCUGCGAGCUGGAGGAGCGAGAUGAGCUGGCUGACCUCUUCUGCGACUCCCCGCUGGCCUCCGCCUUCAGCCUCUCCACACCGCUCAAGCUCAUCGGGGUCACCAAGAUGAACAUCAACUCACGGAGGUUCUCUCUCUGCUGA